CCGCCGCCAACAAGUCGUGACACCAAAAAAAGUCACACCAGGGUGAGCUUUCUAACUUGCACUCUCUUUCUCAUCCCAUCUUUCUUCUUCUUCUUCAUCUUCUUCUUCCAGUCUCUGUACUAUACCUUUUCUUCAGUAUUCUUUUCUGGCAGAAGAAUCCAAGCCAUUCCUACCUAUCGGAAAGUUUAAUUUCCUAGCCAUCAGCAACGCGCAUAGCUUCAAGCUCUCAACCCCUAUUAAACAUAAUCACCACCACACAGACAACAUGGCGCCCUCCCCCUACGCCGGCCACCCCUCCCGAGGGGACAGCUGGUUCGCCCCCCUCUCCAUCGACCUGAUCGUCAAAGUCUUCAAAACCACCUUCUUCCACCCCUUCAUCGCCUGGAUCAUCCCCCUUUGCUUCCGCGCGCAAAACAUGCACUGGGACGCGCCCCCCAUGCUCGUCUCCUUCGCCUGGGCCGGUGCCAUCACCCUGAUCUGGAUGGCUGGCGUGAUUAACGACCGUCUCGCCUUUGGCCUCCCUCGUGAGGUGGACCUCAGCGAGGAGGUCAUUGUCAUCACUGGUGGCGCUUCCGGGCUCGGGUUGCUGAUUGCUGAGGUCUAUGGUAUGCGCGGCGCGACGGUUGCCGUGCUGGACGUGGAGGAGAUGGAGAAUGGGGAGGCAAGGGGGGUGACGUAUUACAAGUGUGAUGUUGGCGACAAGGAGCAGAUCUCAAAGGUUGCCGAGAAGAUUGAGCGCGAGCUCGGCCCCCCUACAAUCCUGAUCAACAACGCAGCCGUCGUCCUCGGUAAACCCCUCUUGUCCCUCUCCCUCCCCGAAAUCGACCGUUCCCUCACCACCAACCUCCUCUCCCACUUUUACACUAUCAAGACCUUCCUCCCGGGCAUGACGCGCUCCGAGACCGGCGGAACGAUUGUGACAAUCUCGUCCGUCAUUGGCACCCUCGGCGCCGCGCAGCUGACGGAUUACGCCGCCGCCAAAGCUGGCGUCACCGCUCUUCACAAGUCUCUCUCGGCGGAACUGAAGGAAUCACACCCCGAGAUUAGAACGGUGCUUGUCACCCCGGGGCAGCUCUCCACGCCUUUGUUUGCUGGGGUGAAGACACCCAACGCGUUCUUGGCCCCGGUGGUGGAGCCGGUUGAUGUGGCGAAGGAGGUGAUCAAGGCGAUUGACAACGGGCAGAAUGCGAGCAUUGGGAUGCCGCUUUAUGCGAGGUGGGUUGAUUGGUAUAAUGUACUGCCUGUGGGUGUGCAAAAAGUAGUAAGGGGGUUGGCCGGGGUGGAUAGGGGGAUGAGGACUUUUCAGGGAAGGGCAGGGUCCGGGUUGGGGAGGAAGGGGAGGCUUGAGGCUUUUUAA